AUGGCCGACUUCCUUGCCGCUGUAACUUCAUUCAAUCCUCAACUGUUGGAACUCACCACUGAAAAUGGGAUAGAUAAGAGAAUUGUUUGUGUGAAUUAUGGUGGCAUCGCCGCUUCAUUGGAGCAGCGGUGCGUUUGCUAUGUUGACAACUUUAGUUCAGGUCAUAGGGGAGCCACAUCCACUGAGUAUUUGUUCUUGCACUUGCUCUUGUUCUUGUUCUUGUCAAUGAAACUUUUUCUUGGAUAUUUGUUUGGUGAUCUCUUGGAGGGGAAUGAAUACUAUGUUGCUGGUUAUGUUGAGUUCUGUGAGGUUUAUUCUAAAGCAGUGAAGACAGCUAUCGUGGAUCAUCAUGCUGCAGUGGAUAGUGGUCUCCGGUUAAAGCUUCCUUUCAGCACUAUAUUUGAGUAUCUUCACUCCACUAUAAUUUCUUUGUAUUAA